AUUCUUCAAGCACGCCAGCUCGAAAAUCGUUAACGAACUAUGUCGCUUCGCAUUUUAUUAAUCGCAGCUGCCGCUUUGAUUUGCCACUGCGCCGCCGAUGUGGCGCACAUAAAUCAAGAGGCGCCUAAGGACGUAUUGGUGCCGUUCAAUGAUUUAUUGCCGCCGCCGCCGGAGGAGUCCAGCACGGAGGCAGCCACGCCAGCUACAAAGCCAACCAAAAAGUCCUUCCAUCAGCAGCAACAGCAGCAGGCCAGGAGCAAAGACUCAGAUCUCAGGGCCGAGAAGGUGCCAGAGCUGCAGCUGGCUGUGGACUUGCUGCCACCAUUCGCUGAGGCUGACAGUGGCAGCAGCAGCACCACCACCACUACUACAACGCGACAACCACUUGUUAGCGUUAAGCCUGCCGCAACUGUUGUGCCACGUGUCGAACAGCCGGUGCAACUGCACACGCGCGUAGCAUCCCGCACCAACAGCGUGGCCAGUAAAUCCUCCGCCUCCUCCCGCUUCUCGCCAGAGCUGAUCCGUCAGUAUGCCACAUACUUCCAGUCCACGACGCCGCGUCCACCUCGUGGACCGCUGCCGACGCUGACGCCCUUUCCGCGCCACAUUAAAAUCUAGAAUAUUAAUUAAAUUAGUUAAGCGCACUUCAACAACAACAACAACAAUAAUAAAAUUAAAUUAA